AUGGUAUACGGCGGGAAGCCAAGCACGGGGUGCCAGAACUGUCGGAAACGACGGAUCAAGUGCGAUGAAACUCGUCCACACUGCAGAGCAUGUGUUCGCACAGGCCGGACAUGUCCUGGCUAUCCGCACCCUUUCGAUGUCAUGUUAAGAGACCAAGUAGCUUUCCACCGCAAGAAGCGAGACACAUCUAGUAGAGUGUCUUCUCCAAAGAUGAGAGUGGAAUCGAUUCGAUCCUCGCCUGCUCCGGUAUCAUCCAACGAUGCUUUGAUUAGCACCAACUCUAGCGCAGAUCUUCCGCAGACCGGACCACUACUGCGCACUGCGCAGGAGGAGGUCCCAAGGGCGUUGGUUUUGCCGACUGAUGAUACAGUGACUGCGAUGUUCUUCAAUUCGUACAUCUACUCGCCUCGAGAUCCAUUAAUCCUACGCGGGUUCAUGGACAUCUUGCCUGAUGUUUUCUGCUAUACCCAGCCUGGCUCUCAUUUACAUGUCGGCACUUUGGCCGUGUCGUACUUCUCUGUGGCUGCUUGGACGGGGAAUCGGUCUUUUCUGCAGACAGCACAGCAGUUGUUUGUCAAGGCUAUCGCCAAGACGAGGGAAGCGUUGCAGGGUGACAUCACUCACACUGUGGAUGAUAUUCUUAUGACCAUUCUUCUCUUGUCUACUUAUGAGGAGUUCUGCGCUAUCAAAGAAAACAGACAUCCAAGGAGGACACAUCUACGAGGUGCUGUCGCUCUCGUGAACAGCAAGCGGCCGGAGCAGCGAUCUUCGAUUAUAUCGCUGAUCUUAGAGAAUGCGGUCCAGGUCCAGCUGAUCAAAUCAUCCAAAGGGCUGGCCUAUCCGACCAUGCAGACGCCAAACCAAUGGCCUCUAUCUCCCGCAGCACCACAAUCAGCAUCAUCCCAGCUUCUAAUGAUCACCUCUGAGCUAGUCGGUCUCCGCCAAGCAUGGGAUAGAUUCAACGAAGAAGGCACAAACCAAGUCCAGGACAUCCAGGACAUCCUUGCACGGGCUUACAAUUUAGAUGCGAAUCUCGAAGCCUGGAAAUACGCGCUCCCUGAACACUGGAAACCACUCCCUGCGGUCCGAGUCCCCCAGUCCGUCCGGGAAGCCGGCAUGUACAAGAACCGCUGCGAUUGCUACACCGACCUCUGGAUGGCCGGAACAUGGAACUUUUACCGGGAUUCCCGGAUUGUCGUGCAAAACAUCAUACUCCGCUGUCUGCAGAUUCUACCCGAUGGUGUGAUGCUGGAGCAAAUACAGGAGACUAUCAACCUGAUUGAGACUCUCGCUCUUGACAUCUGCGCCACUGUACCAUACAUUCUCGGCAGCCAGACGAUGUCGGUUCAUUUUAGCCCGCAGAAGAUCGAGUAUCCGGAAGCCGACGGACGGCGAGCCACGGCUCCUCAUUAUCCGACUGCUGCGCUCGUGGGUGGAUGGAUGGUAUCGUCUCACUUGUCGAACUUGGAAUUGCUGUGUUUGAGUGAAGAGAUGAAUACAUGGAUUCGGGCACAGAAGGAGCGAGUACUGCAAAUAUAUACAUAUGGAGGAGAGGUGAGUCAAAUAAGUAUGUAA